AUUUAAUUCAUUUCAAGAACUUAGCUAGUAAACUUUUUUUGCAAUGGAAGAAAGUAAAAUUAUCCAACAUUUUGAGGGCAAGACCAUUUUAAUCACUGGUUCCACUGGCUUUUUAGCAAAGAUAUUUCUAGAGAAGAUUCUUCGGUUGCAACCUAAUGUGAAGAAAUUGUAUCUUCUAAUGAGAGCGAGCCCUAAAAUAUCUGUCCAGCAACGUUUGGAAGAAGAGGUUGUGGGAACGGAGCUCUUCCGAGUUCUAAGAAAAGAACGUGGGGGAGAUUUCGAGUCAAUGAUAUCCUCAAAAGUUGUGGCAAUAUCGGGCGAUGUUGGUUAUGAAAAUUUAGGAAUAGUUGAUGUACAACUUCGAGAGCAAAUGUGGCGAGAAAUUGAUGUUAUUGUCAACUCAGCCGCAACUACCAAAUUUGAUGAGAGGUACGACAUAGCAUAUGGAAUUAAUUCGUUGGGGGCCAUGCAUGUUCAAGACUUUGGCACUAAAUGUUCGAAAUUAGAGAUGCUUCUUCACGUCUCCACGGCUUAUGUGCAUGGCACUAAGGUGGGAUUGAUGCCAGAAAAGCCUUUUCGAAUGGGUGAAACACUUCCCGGCGCCAAAAUACCAUAUUUAGAUAUAGAAGCUGAGAAGUCGGUAAUUCAGGAAAGAUUAAGGUUUCUUCAAACGCAAAAGUUGUCUGAAAAAGAAAUCACUCGAGCUAUGAAGGAUUUCGGCAUCGAAAGAGCAAUGUUGCACGGGUGGCCUAAUACAUACGUAUUCACAAAGGCAAUGGGUGAAAUGCUAUUGGAGAGAUCUAACCAGAAUUGCAAUGUAGUUAUAAUCCGUCCCACUAUCAUUACAAGUACUUUCAAAGAUCCAUUUCAUGGUUGGAUCGAAGGUCUAAGAACUUUGGACAGCAUCUUUGUUGCAUAUGGUAAAGGGAAGAUCAAAUUCUUCGUAGGUGAUCCAGAGUCGGUAAUUGACUUGGUACCAGGUGACAUGGUGGUAAACUGCAUGAUUGCAGCAAUAGCAUCACAUUCAAAUCCAAUUGGUGAAAAAGAGGGAAUAAGAGUAUACCAAAUAGGUUCUUCAAGGCGUAAUCCAGUGAAAUACGAUGAGCUUAAGUGGUUAAUGCAUCGCUAUUUAGUUAAUAAUCCAUUGAGUGAUAGCUGCGGCAAACCUGUCAAAAUUGGCCCUCCAAUUAUUAUGAAUACAAUGGCCAGCUUUCACAACUAUAUUUCUUUCCACUACUUGCCAUUUGUACAGAUGCUUGGACUGGCAAACACGAUAUGUUGCAACCUUUUUGAAAGUUCAUACACCAAUGCAAAACGAAGAGUCAGUCAUGCCAUGCGACUAGCUGAUCUGUACAAGCCUUAUUUGUUUUCACAAGCUAUCUUUGAUGACAGUAACACUGAGACUUUACGAAUGAGAAUGAGAGGAGGAAGCAAAAUCGACACGGAAUUAUUCAACUUUGAUCCCAAAUGCAUUAUGUGGGAUGACUACCUUUUGAACACUCAUUUUCUAGGAAUAGCCAAAUAUGUCUUGAAUUGCUAGUUGUGUGAUUAUAUAUGCAUUACACUCUCAACUUGGACACUUAAU